CCCAGCUUGGAGACCAUGAAAGAAAAGGGAGGAUGUUGCAGCUUGAGUUUACUCCGCUGGACAGGAUGGAUGGAUGGUGAUGGUGAUGGCCUUCUUCGGCAGUGCCCUGAGGACUCUCCAACUUAGCCUGGCAUGUCCACCUUCAAUGGCAACAGCACAUGCCACCCUUCCAUCUUCUUCCUGGUGGGAAUCCCAGGCUUGGAAACAGCCCACAUCUGGCUGGGAAUCCCACUCUGCUUCAUCUAUGUGGUGACCGUGGUGGGGAACUGCACUAUCAUGUUUAUCAUCUGGGUGGAGGACAGCCUGCACGAGCCCAUGUAUUGGUUCCUCUGCAUGCUGGCCAUGGUUGACUUGGCUGCGUCUACCUCGGUGGUGCCCAAGAUGCUCUGCCUCUUCUGGUUUGGCUCUCGGGAAAUCCGCUUUGAAGCCUGCCUGACACAGAUGUUCUCCAUCCUCGCCCUCUCCAUCACUGAAUCAGCCAUCUUGCUGGCCAUGGCCUUCGACUGCUACAUGGCCAUCUGCCAGCCACUGCGCUAUGCAGCCAUCCUCACUAAUCCUGCCCUUGUGAAGAUUGGCUGCCUGGCAGUGGCCCGGGCUGCCAUCCUGACGGCCCCAUUCCCCAUCCUUGCCAGCAGGCUGCCCUAUUGCCGGACCAACGUCGUCCCCCACACCUACUGCAAGCACAUGGGCAUCGUCAGGCUUCCUUGUGCCGGCACUGUGAUCAGCAACUUGUACGGCCUCACUGUGGCUGUGCUGGUGGUGGGCCUCGAUCUCACCUUCAUUGGGGUCUCCUAUGCCAAGAUCAUCCUGACGGUGCUGAGGCUGCCAUCCCGGGAGGCCCAGGCCAAGGCCUUCAACACCUGUGGCUCCCACAUCUGUGUGAUUAUCUUGGCCUACACGCCUGCUCUCUUCUCCUUCCUCACACACCGCUUUGGCCACAGCGUGGCUCCCUACAUCCUCAUCGGCAACUUCUACAUCCUGGUGCCCCCAUUCUGCAAUCCCAUUGUGUAUGGUGUAAAGACCAAGCUGAUCCGUGACAAGGUGGUCAGCUUGCUCCUGAAGAGAAAAGGGGUUUCCUGA